AUGGUCAACAACUUGGCCAAAAGAUUUGAUCCAAACACUUUGCAAAACCAAGGGCCAGGUAAUGGAAUGGAACCUCCUCAAAUUCUUCAUGUUGAGAGAAGUGAUGUCAGCACAUCUGAAAGUUUCAACAUCAUGGAUGUGAAGUUUGCCUCCCUUGAAGAGAAAAUUGAUAAACUGUUGACUCUGCAAGACAGUGUCCUUAAGAAGCUUAACAGUUUUUCCCAAGAAAUCUGUUGCAUUGAAAAAGACAUGGAGAUAGUAAAGGCGGAAACAUCUGAACCUGGAUCAAGGACAGAAAGAAACAAAAAAAUGAGAAAUAAUGAAGUGAAGAGGCUUUGCCUUAAAAUGAAAAAAUCUCUUUCUGAUAUAAACAAGAAAGCUGAGCAGCAGGUUAAAAGGCUAGAUGGACUUGAACAAAGUGUUUCUGGACUACAGAAACUUGUAGGACCUCUGGUAGAAAAGGUGAAAACAUUAAUAAUUCAUAAUUCAAGUGUAAAACAUCAUGUUAAAAAACGUAAAGUUUGCAAGGCAGGAGCUGGACAUCCCUUUAGGAUGCACAUUUUCUCGGAGACAACAGCUGGUGAUCUGCUCAAGAAGAAAAAUGAAAAGGUCAUCAAAGAAAAGUCACAUUUCAGUGAAACAGAAACAAAAGAAAAGAAGCCGCCAGAUUCAACAGAUGGGGACAUCCAGCAGAGUCAAUCCUGCUCUCAGGAAGAGGAAGUUGAUAAGCUUAACAAGGAAAAUGCCAAGAGGGAAAGCUCCCUUCUGCUUGAAGUGGAUCCUCCCGAGUUUCAUACUGAAGAUUUAGAGGAGAAACAAGAAAGUCUGUCUUUAGAAAGCCAUUAUGAAUAUAGGAGAAACUCUUUUCAGGAGUCCUUCACUCCAGAAAAGCAGCAGGAAGAAGAUGCUGUUGAUGAUGCUUGUCAAAAACUAACUGUGCAGGAGAUAGAGAGUGAGUCCCCAGCAACUGAGGAGAAGAAGGAACAUCAAGUGCCUGAAGAUGCACUUGAGGAACAACAAGAGGAGAAAGAGAGUGAAGGGAAGGAAAAUGCUGAUAAGAGUGAAAAAGGUGCUGAGGAAGCACCAGCUCCUUCCCAAAAGGAAGAUGAGGCAGAACAAAGUUAUGAUGAAGAGGUAUCAGAGGGAAGGUGUAAACGCUGUGAAAAAGAUGAUAUUCCUACUCCACCAGCACCAUUUGAUCACCGGAUUGUCUCAGCCAAAAGGGUGGGGAUCAGCAAUUAUUAUAAUGUCAACAAGGAUGAAAUUCUGGGAGGAGGGCGUUUUGGGCAAGUGCACAAAUGUGAAGAGAAAGCAACAGGUCUCAAGCUGGCAGCCAAAAUUAUAAAAGCACAAGGUCCAAAACAGAAGGAUGAAGUAAAAAAUGAAAUCAAUGUCAUGAACCAGCUGAAUCACGUCAACCUCAUCCAGCUAUAUGAUGCUUUUGAAUCUAAAAAUGAUAUUGUACUCGUCAUGGAAUAUGUGGAAGGAGGAGAGUUAUUUGACCGAAUUAUUGACGAAAACUACAAUUUGACAGAGAUGGAUACAAUCUCGUUCAUAAAACAGAUCUGCAAGGGAAUUCAGUACAUGCACCAAAUGUACAUUCUUCAUUUGGAUCUCAAGCCUGAGAAUAUCCUGUGUGUGAACCGAGAGGCAAAUCAAAUAAAAAUUAUUGAUUUUGGAUUGGCAAGAAGAUAUAAACCCAGGGAAAAACUUCGAGUUAACUUUGGGACUCCAGAAUUUCUUGCUCCUGAAGUUGUGAAUUAUGAGUUUGUCUCUUUUCCUACAGACAUGUGGAGUUUAGGAGUCAUUGCUUAUAUGCUCCUCACUGGAUUGUCUCCUUUUUUGGGUGAUGAUGACAAUGAGACCCUCAACAACAUCCUGGCCUGUAACUGGGAUUUUGAAGAUGAGGAAUUUCGAGAUGUUUCUGAUGAAGCCAAAGAUUUCAUAUCAAAACUUCUCAUCAAGGAAAAAUGCUGGAGAUUAAGUGCAACUGCUGCCUUAAAACACCCAUGGUUAACAGACCACAGGCUCCACUGCAGACUCCAGAGGAAGGCUAAAGGUGACUGUGUGUCUCAAGCACCCCUGGCUAAAUAACCUCUCUGAAAGAGCUGCCAAACAGAAGAAAAGCUGCUGUGUGGUUACUGCUGCUAAGAGAUUUGAAAAUAUCAGUGGUCUCGGUGCUUUAACCCCCUGCCAUGACUAAGACUUCUACUAAAUGGACCAACAGCACUUUAGUUGCAGGACAAGUCCCAGCAUUGUGGAGCUGCUUCUUCUCUACUCAGCUGUUAAAAGAAGGAAAGUAUUU